CUGCUGCUACAGCUUCUUCAGGAAGUCGAGGGCGUGGUUCAGGCACCAAGAAAAGAAGAGUCACAGACGCUUCCGAGCUGCCUCCCGCAGCGAAGAUGGCGGUGCUUGAUGAAGCUACCGAGCUGCCGCCGUUCGGGUUCAACAUUGCGGUGCUAGAGCAGCGGUUGAAACGUCGCCUAGGGCUCGAGAUCGCUCAGUCCGCAAUCAACGCGUGCUUGUCGCCGUACUACAACCUGAGAGAGUGGGAGGACCGGUACGUGGUCACGUCCCUGGGCUCUGAGGUGCAGGAGUUCGGGAGCGCCAGCCACCCGCCCCGCUUCCCCCUCGAGGAUUUCCAUCUGUGCACCGACGACGAGCAAGAAGCUGACGACGGCGGCAGCGGCGGCGGCGGCAAUGAGGCGGACAUCGAGAACGGUGCGGGAUCCGAAGGCGAGGAGGAGGACGAGGAGGACGGGGAGGAUGCAGUUGAUGCCGCCCGUGUCGGGCAUAGUGGCGGAGGCGGUGUCGGCGGGAGAAAUGCCGGCGGAGAAGGCGGUAGCACUGGUGAUGAUGUCGGGGCGGGACGAGCUACGAACCGGCACCAAGAAGAAGAGGAGGAGGAGGAGGAGGAGGAGGAGGAGGACGCAGCGGCGGGAGCAGGCGACGCCGGCGGCGGCGGAGGGCCCCGAGCAGACGACGGAGGGGGAGGGAGGGCGAGGUCGGACGGCGGAGCCGGGGGCGCUGCUGCUGUCGCGGGAUCGGCGUCAUUGUCGCUCUCCUCCACCCCGCUUUCCUUCCGGAUUGCUGCCUGUCACGCCGCCAAACUCCCGUCCUCCGGCGAGGGGCUCCGCGGUAUCAGCAGCAGCAGCAGCAGCAGCAGGAAGCGUUCCCACAGCGACGCAGGAGUAGGUUGGGACGGCGGCGGCGGCGGCGGCGGCGGCGGCGCGGGUGGGAUCAUCAAGGUCGAUAGCAGUAUGGUAAUGGCGUGAAUAGUGCGAUGUGGCUGAUUUUCGGGGUGGCAACAGCGCUGCGCUCUUUUAGUGCGGUGCUAGACUACCAUAGGUGUGCGAGAGUAACUCUCGGUCUCCCUCGUGUAGCCCCGCGUCAACGAGCGGUUGCGCGCCGCGCCGCUCCAUGCUGCGCCGUGCGAGCUGCGGGAAGAAAUUCAAUCGGAACACUGCCGGUUGGGUUGCCAAGGAAGCACGCAACCGCAGCAGUGCAGAAAAAGUUUGAAAGGAUUACGGCGUGGCGCGAGGAGGCACGAGAGGGGCAGCAGAAGAAGGUUCGGGCCUACGCCUAAUUGUUUUGGCUGUGCCAGCGGUGACUCGCGUGAUGCAACACAGGCUAGCCCACUCUCAGCAAAUUCUCCGUGCUAGAUUGUGCGCGGGAUGGCUGGAACGCGUGGAAGGGCAUGCGUAAAGGUUUGCUGCCUUGUUCGUUCAGAGACCCUUUGCCAUUCUUCCAAGUGUUCGUUUAACGUUUCGGGAUAGGUGUGACGGUUUUCGGCCCUGUGAGUGUUUCGGUCUAUGUCAUGCGAGGAAUGAUGCGACGGGGGGCGUGUUGUCGUCCGACCUUGUGCCUGGUAGACGGAAAGUAAGGUUUCGCGGCAGCACCACACAACGGGAUUGACUAAAUCGGUGAGGGCCGUGGUGUUCAAGCCGAUUAGGCGGCUCGGUUAAACGACAAAAGAAGGACUCAAUGUGGUGUGUGGUAAGGGGCGAUGAACGCAAUUGAAAUUGCAGAUGGCUUCCGUGUUGUCUGCUGCUAUCACAAUCUGGUGUCUGCAGGCGGGCGUUUUUUGCUCGUUUAGUCUUUAGUGCUGCACAAGCAUGCAUAGGUGCUUCUUUGUGCGUGUUUCUUUUCAUUACCUUCGACGACCUCGCUCUUUACCGGCUGGCCAAUGUAAGAAAUAUCAGUCUUCUGUGUGUGUUCGUUUUGUUGGCAUCGACCGCGGCAUCGACCGCGCCAUUAACCGGCUGACCAAUGAAAAGGUGCCAAGUCUCGGUAUGUGUGUAAGAAUGUGGUUGGUCUCUUCUUCCUUGGCGUCGAAGGCGCUUGACCGGUUGGCUGAUAAUAGCAGACGGCCGUGUUAUGACAGGACGAAAAAGAAAACGGGAACCCCCCGAUGUUGUGUACGUGUGUGCUUGCGUGUGCCGUGUUCUUCGGCAUGAUCGUCCGCGCCCCCACGAGUUGAUGCACAAUAGCGAGUAGGUUCAGCGUCGGCAGGCAGGCGAAAACACCGAACGGUUUUACGGUUGUAGGAGGACAGAAGGUCACGCGUGGUUCGCUGAUAACACGGAGGGGCGUGCGGCUGAGGAAUGAGGGAGAAAUACAUUUUUCGCUUUGUCUGGCGUGCUUCUUCUUUGUUGUCUUGGUGCGCGACUUUGAUUGGUACCUCUGUAGCAGCCAAGCGUGUGCGUGUCCUUUUAAGGCGUGGAUCGGGGUGGGUGGUGUGGCGUGUGUGUGUUUGUUAGCAUCGACCGCGCUAACCGGCUGACCAAUGAAAAGACGUCAGUCUCAGUGCGAUUGAAAAUGUGGCGUGUGUGUGUUUGUUAGCAUCGACCGCGCUAACCGGCUGACCAAUGAAAAGACGUCAGUCUCAGUGCGAUUGAAAAUGUGGCGUGUGUGUGCGCGCGUUGUGUUCCGCGUGGAGGCGCGAAGUAGUAGUGACGAUUGGUGGUAAGACAUAGAAUGAACCAUGGUUGACGGUGUGUCUGGUCGGUACGUUCGCACGUCGCCACUGCUUUAACCGCUGUCGUUUUUUGCAGCAAGCGGGUUUUGGAACCGUCAUCACACCAGAAAAAACAAAGCGUCAGCGAGCGAGUGCACGGACGAGCAAGGCCUGCAUGCGGAGUAUUGACGAAGGGCUAGAACGUUUCAGAACCCUUUUCUCAGAAGAGUUUGAAGGGACGGCACUAUGUAGUUUGCAGGGGGUUCUUUGGUCGUAUGAUCGCGGAUGGAAAGGUGGCUCCACAGCAGCAGUGGUGGAGAAAAGGCAUGGCGUACCACGUUCAGGAGGUAGAUGCCGCCAGCGACGGCAGUAGGUGUAAUAGUGAAACGCAAGUGUAUCGCAUCUGGGCUAGCGAAACAGUUGUUGCUACUCUGCUGUUUGUGGUAAUCCUCGUUCUACCGCGAAGCGGCAAGCAUUGCGUACACACAGCACGUCAGA